AUGGAAAAGCUUGAAGAUGACUUGUUCUUUGCAGACUUAACUAGGCAAAUCUCUCUGCUAAUUAUGGAUGAUGAUGAGGACCCUGUUGCAACUUGCCCUUCAGUUUCUCUUCAGGCUUUCUCCUGUGCAAUACAUCAUCCACCUGCACAACCUACUUUUCUGUAUGAACAAUCCCGCAGAAGAGAAACCAAAGGAACAGGGGUUUUUAUCCCCCAGUCAUCUCAGCCAAGAAGAAAGCACAGGCAGGGAAGGUUUGCGUCAUACAACACAAAAUCCCAUAGAUCAUCACAAGCUGAUCAUCACAAAAGGAUGGUUUCCCAAGUAUCUUCUGACUGUGCUUUUAGACCCAAAAAUGGAUGA